CAUAUGCCAUGAUGAUAAUUUCUACAGCUCAACGGCUGAGCGACACUAUAACAGAAUGGCGGUACAUUUUCAGCGGUGUUUACGUGUCUUACUGCUGAUCGUGGCGAUAAGUGUCGUUUCAAGUGCGCGGAAACAAAAACAAACAAAGGCACAAAAACAGGCAGCAGUCAGUAGACCAGCGGGUGGUGGUGGUGGCGCACAAGCGCGGGUGCAAGAUCCGAAAUGUCUGCAGCCGAUGGAACCCGGUCCAUGUCGCAUGAAUAUCGAAAGCUAUUACUACAAUGCCCAGACGAAUACUUGUGAAAAAUUCAUCUUCGGCGGCUGUCAUGGUAAUGACAAUAAAUUUGGCCUUUUGAAAACAUGCGAAGAUGCUUGUUUGCAGCCGAAAACAGCAACGAACAAUGCGGGUGGUGGUGGUGGCGCACAAGCGCCGGUGCAAGAUCCGAAAUGUCUGCAGCCGAAGGAACCCGGUCUAUGUCGCAUGUAUAUCGAAAGCUAUUACUACAAUGCCCAGACGAAUACUUGUGAAAAAUUCAUCUUCGGCGGCUGUCAUGGUAAUGACAAUAAAUUUCGCCUUUUGAAAACAUGCGAAGAUGCUUGUUUGCUGCCGAAAACAGCAACGAACAAUGCACCAGCAGACAAAAAUUCCAAGCCAAAUAAAAAGGCAAAGAAAAGAAAAGAAAGGCAAAGGGACCGUAAGCAUUAUCAAAUUAUCAAUCAAAAGAUAAUUUUUAUAUAAUGAUUUUUAUGAUUUACUUCACAGUUAAUGAUUAAUUUUGAGUAAUUUGUAAAAAAUCAUAAAUAAUCAUCAUUUUUGAGCAAUAAAAAUAAAAAUCAUAAAAAAUAAUUAUUUUUGAGCAAAAAAAAAAUAAAAAUCAUAAAUAAUCAUUAUAUUUGAUUUUUAUAUUUUUUGCUCGAAAUAAAACUCACUUUUGGAUUACAUGUUUGUUAUUAAGUUUUUCGGUACUAUUUUUUCGUGUCCUUUUAGAAUGACAUGAAAAUAUUGGAAUGACAUCAAAAUAUCAUGGACCAAAUUUCAUAGAAAUUGGUCCAGUAGUUCAUGAGAUAUGGUUUUUGACUCAUUUAGGCUGUGGCAAAAUCAUAUCUUAAAUUUGAUCCUUCAGCUAUGAAACUACCAAAAAACUUAAUAACAAACAUGUAACCCAAAAGCGAGUUUUAUUUUCAGCAAAAAAUAUAAAAAUCAAAAAUAAUUAUUAUUUACGAUUUUUAUUUUUUUGUUCAAAAAUGAUGAUUAUUUAUGAUUUUUUUUACAAAUUACUCAAAAUUAAUCAUUAACUGUGAAGAAAAUCAUAAAAAUCUAUAUUUAAAUUAUCAUAGUGGAAAUGGAUAGAUCGUCCAAAAAGGAUUACAAUGACGUUAUCCUUUUGUUUGUGUGGCGAUUCUAAGUGAUUGAUUUUUUACUUAAAAAUCGGAACGAUAAUCAUUAUUUACGGUCCCUGAAGAAAGCACCCAAAAAUUUGUGGAGAAUUGUAAAAAUUAUUGUUUAAAUUAAAUUAGUGAAGCUAUUUAUAAUAUAAAUAAAUGUAAAGAAAUAUCGGAAAA